UUCACGGCAUCGACGUAAGUCUGUCGGUGCCGUCAGAGUUACGCACAGAGGAAAGCGGCGCUGCUAUUGGAACGUAUUUUCGUGCGCGCUGGCCGCUGACGUGCCCUCCCAUCCGCCUCACGCCAUCCUGCCAACCAGAGGUUACACCAGCCGGGGAUUUAUGCUCGCAAAUAUGUGAUUCCGUACAAAUUGCAAUCGGCCAGUUUGCUGUUUGAGGUUUCGUGCGACCUGUUAAGACAUUUUUCCCAGCUGGAAAAUAGGAAACGCGCGUGCCGGAGCGGCUUCUGUGUUUUUAAGGUUUUUUUCUUGUGGAGGUUGUCGGACGGGACAGCGGAGCGUCGACCGAGGUUCCCGGCGCAUUGCUCUACUUCCCCCCCAUCCCAGCGAUGCUGCCCUGCCUGCGGAGAGUCCUGCGGCCCGCCCUCUCUCUGAGAGCCGGGACCCAGUUGGCCACAGCCGGACUCGGCAGCCACCAUCUACCCGCUUUAGCCUCUUCUUCGCGGUUCAUGCCGGUGCAGCGGUGUAACCUGGGCACACACCCGCUGAAGGAGCCCGUGGAGCCCCUCGACUCGUCCCGGGGAGCCAAGGAGUUCAUUUAUACUCUCCAUCCGUCUGAGCGUACCUGUCUGCUGCGAGAGCUGCACAAGUUCGAGUCCAUAGCCAUCGCUCAAGGGCAGCUGGAAGUUGCACCACCUACUAGAGCAGAGUUAAGAUAUGUUCUGCUGCACAAUGCAAUCCCAUUCGUUGGAUUUGGAUUCCUGGACAACUGCAUCAUGAUUGUCGCUGGCACACAUAUUGAGUUAUCCAUCGGCGUGAUCCUCGGCAUUUCAACUAUGGCUGCUGCUGCCCUCGGCAACCUGGUGUCUGAUCUGGCAGGACUAGGGCUGGCAGGUUAUGUGGAGGCCUUGGCCUAUCGGCUGGGGAUGCCGAUUCCCGACUUGAGCCCAAAACAGGCUGACAUGUGGCAGACCAGAGUCAGCUCUCAUGCAGGCAAAGCCAUUGGCGUUGGCAUCGGCUGCAUCCUCGGCAUGUUUCCUCUUUUUUUCUUCAAGGACGAUGAAGAAAAGAAAAAGAAGAAAGGCCAGAUGGAGGCAAAGGAGAAAACACAACCUGCUCCAACAGAGAGCAGCAAAAACUGAAACUUUCAUUUCGUCUGAGACAAAAUCUAUUUGGAGCCCAUUAGAAUACUUUAAACUGGGACUGAUUGCGCUUGUCUGGUGGACUGGAGUGUAUGGAAAUGUAAUUGAACCCGUUACAAUCUAAUCAUCGUCGGUUGGCCCAGUCAAACAAUCAAAGCACGGGGACCUGACCGUCUCUUGAAGAGACACGAAGUGGUUGAUUCAUUGGACUGCUGCUACUCCAGCUAUUGCACCGUAACCUCACUUUGUCUUGUCUGACCAACACGAGCUGAAACUCAUUUAUCUAAAACACACUGCCGUGGCCUCUUUCUCUCCUCUGCUUCGGGUUUGUUGACUAUAUAAACGUCUGUUCGACUGAACAAAGAGGCAAUCCAGUGUUAAACUAAUUCCUAGUCAGUUUUUGAGGGUGGUGAGCCAAGGAAAGAUGGUCACUUUUGCAUAUUAAGAUGCACCCUUCCACAUACCUACAGUACAUUACAGUACAAAGUACAUUACCCUUCAGUUUUACAAGCAUGUCUGCCUUUUGAUGAUGUCAAAGUCUUAAUAAGUCCUGCCUGUCUCAUUCACUCCCCAUGACAACCAGUCAGCUGAUGUUGGUGAGAAUGCAGGCUGUUAAAUAGGUGACACCUGCUCACUGCUUCUUUAAUACUUUAGAUUUUUAUGUUUUUCUUUCUUGGUGGUUUCACUUAGAAUUAUAUGCUGCAUGAUGAUCACCCAAAGCGGUAACAUGCCCCUAAUGUCUCCCAUGUGUGCUGAAUGUAACCAGGUAGGCACAGUUCAAAAAAAUCUGACCUUUUGAAGAGCAGUCUGUUACUUUUUCUGGAGAGUUGAGCAGGAAGGAGAGAAUUACAGAGAGGCAAAGGGAGGAAGAGAAGGGAGACGCUGUGGCACGUAGAUAAGCAAUAGCAACACUGAACCACUUGAGACCUCUGUCCCAUUUGCACCGAUGUUCUGGCUCCAAUACGAUAUUUAUCUCCUCGCCAACCUGCAGCUGAACGACAGCACACCUCUCCUGUGCAGGAUGAGAUAGCAGCAGGCCUCUGGUCUACUUUCUCUUAUGGGGCCUUCCUUACAACUACAGCCCUGUGGAUAGUUUAAAUGUGUCUUCACAGUACAUGAGAUGAGUAUUACCUUUUGUUACCUAUUGUUUUUAUUCUGUAAAAAAAGAUGUUACAUUUUUUUAACACUGACACUACAUUUUUCUCCAUUUGUAUGCUAUAUUGUCUUUGCUCUACUGCCCUCUGCUGGCUGAAAUUCAGAGGAAAUUGCAAGUUUCUUCCAGCGCAAGUCAUCAGUUAUCUGCUUUUCCUGUUUAGUAUUCAAGCCCCUCUAUGUCACUAUGAUUAUUGUUGUUGUUUUUUACAAAGUAAUCUGCAGCAUCAGUCAGUCAUGAAACAUGAAGGCCAAGUCUAUCCAUCCAUCUAGUCCAUCCAAGUCCUCAUUCAGCUCUCACUGAUUUCCUAAUUUAUCUUUUGAAGAGUUUUCUUUGUCACCUGCGCGGCACAGGUUGCUACUCUUAUCAGCAGGACUGAGGACUGUUGUUGAUGGUGUUGAAUCUGUUUAGAAGUUGAAAAGAAAGGAAGCAGCGCACGUGCCACUGAAUGGAAUUUCCUCACAGAAAAUGUAUUUAUUUUUGUUAUGAUAUACAGAGUUGUACUAAUGUGUGUUUUGACUGUAUAUUCUCUUUAUCUCAAAGGACAGUAAAUAAUAGGACAUAUUUGUGAGCACAAAAACACCUUUUCUUAGUAUGUUUUCAACAGGAAGGAACUGAUCGCUCUGUUACGGCCCAUGUCUAAACCUAUGCUAAACAUGCUCUGAAGACUUACCCUGUAUAAGAUUGUUCUAACAGUAAUAACAGCAGAGAAAAUAAUUGAACGUAUUCAUGUUAGGAUUUUUGAUCUGAUUGCUUGAUUUCCACCUUGCAUGCACUGCUAAUAAAACAAACCCUAUUGU